AUGGCGGACGCUGGUGAGGUCCUCAUGGGGUCUUUCGGUCGAGAGCUAUUAUGUGCCGGACAGACGCUGUUUCUUAUCUUCCUCAUGGCAGGCCAUCUUGUGACCUUCACGGUUGCACUGAACUCUAUCACCGGCCAUGCGACCUGUUCCAUGGCCUUUGGUGUUGUUGGGCUUGUGGUCUCGUUCAUUUGUUCUCUGCCGCGGACGAUGAAGAAUAUCUCGUGGCUUUCUAUAAUAUCCUUUAUAAGUAUCUUAGCCGGCGUGUUCGUCACGAUGAUCAGUGUGGGUAUCACAAAACCUGGCACGGGUACUGCAGCAACGACAAAAACCAACCUAUAUCAUGGAUUCUCAGCAGUAUCAAACAUUGUAUUCUCUUACGCCGGGCAUAUCGGGUAUUAUAGUUUUAUGGGAGAAUUAAAGAACCCCCGAGACUUCCCCAAGUCCCUCUAUCUGCUUCAAAGUGCUGAGAUUGGUAUUUAUCUAUUGGCAUCUCUCGUGAUCUACCGAUAUGCAGGUGCAGACGUCGCGUCGCCUGCGCUAGGAUCAGCCCCUUCCGUCGUCAGUAAAAUAGCCUACGGCCUUGCGUUACCAGCUAUACUAAUCUCAGGCGUCGUUGCAGGCCACGUCGCCUCAAAGCUUAUCUACAUGCGCAUAUCGUCUGGCACAGAUAGGAUGCACAAACGGAACUUCGCCGCAAUUGGAUCCUGGAUUGCCGUCAUUUUAACACUAUGGGUCCUUGCGUGGAUAAUCGCCGAAGCCAUUCCUGGGUUUAACAGUAUUCUUACUUUAAUCAGUGCGCUAUUUGCGAGCUGGUUCUCUUACGGUCUUCCCGGAUUCUGUUGGCUGCAUAUGAAUGCCGGCGCAUACUUCGCCUCGGGGAAAAAGGCCUUGCUCACUUUGAUUAAUGUGACGACAAUCGGUAUGGCUUUUUGUAUAUGUGGCUUGGGCGUUUAUGUUGCGGGGAAGGAUAUUCAUACCAACCAUUCUGGGGCUAGUUUUUCUUGUGCGAAUAAUGCUUAGGUGAUUUUUAAUCGGAUUUUACUUUGAGGACUUUAUGUUGGGGAGUGCUUCUUUCGGAAGUAUAAAGUCUCAGAUUUGCCCGUGAGCUUUUGUAUAAUGUUUCUUUAGUAGCUAUAGGGAUGAUGUCGCUGAGAUCUGUUUUAUGAGUUAUAUAUUGUACAGUACAUC